AACGACAUGACAGCGUGUCAAUCGGACCGGUGUACGCAUGCUUAGAGCUGGAGAGGAGCGCACCACAUGUAGUCUAGAUGUACACAUUGUACUCUUGAUAUAGUCAUCUGGGAACGACCGCGCACCGCUUUGCAUUUACAUUUGUGUUUAUUUAAAAACUAUUUAAGAACUGUUUGUUGGGCAAAGUGAAGAAGACCUGUGUGUAAAGCCGUUUUGAAAGUAGCUAAGAUGACUGCCAUGACAAUUCAAUGAGAGGAGAGGACGCCAAGUGAAGCAUCCCCCGCUCGCUGAAAAGAAGAGAAGGAGUGCUCAAGGUAAAGAGAGGAGAGGGAGAAGAGGAAGAGGGAGAAAGAAGGGAUAAGAAGAGAGGGAGAGGCAGAGGAGCGAGGAAAGGGGAAGGGGAGAGAAAGUGAAGGAUAAACGGUGGAUGGAGGCGGCUCGGACCGGGGCUACGGAGCGCUCUUCAUUGACGAAGAAGAAGAACAGCAGCAGCAGCGGGGGGGAGAGGAGAUGGAGGCGAAAGGGAGAAACAUGCCCCCAGAUAUUAGCUUCCUUCCCCGUCCAGCGAUGGUGUGGUGUGAGCGGGGCAUCCAGGUGCUGCUGACCACCAUGGGAGCGUUCGCGGCCUUUGCCCUGAUGACGGUUGCUAUCGGUACAGACUACUGGCUGUACGCCCGUGCCUUCAUCUGCAACAGCACAGCCAACUCGUCCCAGGAGGACUCCAACAACAAGGAUAAGAAAGACCCUGGGGCACUCACCCACUCCGGCCUCUGGAGGAUCUGCUGCCUGGAAGGCUUGAAGCGAGGUGUGUGUUCCCAGAUCAAUCAUUUCCCAGACGACGCAGACUAUGACCAAGAUUCUGCAGAGUAUCUGCUGCGUGUGGUGCGAGCAUCCAGCAUCUUCCCCAUUCUCAGCGCCAUACUGCUCCUGCUGGGUGGCGUGUGCGUUGCUUCGAGCGGCUUCUACAAGAGCAAAAGAAACAUCAUUCUCGGUGGAGGGAUUCUCUUUGUAGCUGCAGGCCUCAGCAACAUCAUCGGAGUGAUCGUGUACAUCUCAGCAGCACUGAGCGACAUCUCCCCCAAGAAAGAUGAGGACAAGAAGUGGCACUACUCCUACGGCUGGUCCUUCUACUUUGGUGGCCUGUCCUUCAUCCUGGCCGAGAUGGUGGGUGUCCUCGCUGUCAACAUCUACAUUGAGAAGAACAAGGAGCUGCGCUGCCGCUCUCGCACCGACCUCUUCAAGAGCACCACGCACGCUAUGCUGCGACUUCCCAGCUACCGUUUCAGACGGCGCUCUCGUUCCAGCUCACGCUCCACCGACCCGCCACACUCACAGGAGACCUCACCUAUUGGCGCCUCCAAGACCUUCAGCCUGCCACCCUCUGCCCCACCCUUCUCUGUGGCCACUCUGCCCAACCCGCACCACACCAGCAGCGGUGGAAGUGGAGGAGGCGGCGACAUCUCCAUGUACACCCUGUCGAGGGACUCCAAGCUGGGUAGCCUCGGAGGCGGCGCCCCACCUCUCUACGGCACGGUGGACCGCGCCACACUGUACCAGCUCCACAACUACUUCCCAAAAGAUUCCAGUGGCAGUGGUGGAGGUGGAGGAGGAGGAGGAGCGGUGAUAAGCAGCGGUACACUCCCAUCUCACUCCAAAUCCAAUUUGGCGGCAGCAGCGGCUGUAGCCCAGAAUUCAGCACCGCUGAAUACCUCCACAUCAGCCACCACACCAGCCCAGCCAGCUCCAAUAUCUACAGCCACCAUGGAGAGGGACAGGGGCAACAUGGGAACCCUGGACCGACUGACGGCCAAAAGGGACAGGGAUAGCAACUCAGAUACACUUAACAGGAAAACUACGCCAGUUUAAAGCUAAACCUCAGAGAGGAGGGGGAGAGGGUAAAGAGAGAGUGUUGAAAUAAAAGAGAAGUGGAAUUGAGUUAAGAAAGACGUUAGAGAUAUCUGAGUUGAAAGAGAAGAAGAGUAGGGCUGAAAACGUGUGGGUGACACUUUGAUGGUAAUGUUUCUGCCCUUGUGCCUGGGGUAUCUAGCUGCCAUAAUUACUUACCAAUAUAAACAGUCAUAAAACACCUGAUAUUAUGUGCAAAUUCAUGACAACUGCCUUAAAAUGGUCAUGACUUUAGCUUCAAAACCUUGUUUGUAAGUUAAUUAUACAGCAAUGGUGCAGUGGAGGCUUCAGCACAAAGGAUUUUUUUUUUACUUUUAAUUUCAGCAUUGCUCCAUUUCCCAUUGUUGUACAAAAUCAUACAUGCACAACUUGGAGCUUCCCAGUAAAACCAGUCUCCCAGUGCAGCAGUUGGGGGUUAAGUGCCUUGCUGAGGAGGCAUGGGAGCUCAAUCGUUAUUUACUCUUCCCUUCUAUAUUUUGUCAGCUGCUAUGGAGAUUUAAACUACAACUUCACUUUAACAAGAAGAACCUACUAAGCGUUGAUCUUGUGAUUUGUAAGUCACAAGACAAAUGGGUUAAAACUGAACUGAAUCUGGUUUAAAAGUGAAAGUUUUUACACAUCUAGACAUCCAGUUUUAACUUGAACUUGAGGUGUCUUUUCACCUGCAAACCACCAAAACAAUGCUGUCUGGUAUUCUAAAUCAUACAACACUUUUAAACGUCAUAAAUAAUACAAUUAAAAAGUGGCCAGAUGGUAUACGCCACAAUCCUCUGUUACAUUUCUAUUUUAAAAAGAACAGAGAGCCACACAUAGGUACAUUCAGCCAAGUAACAAGCUGCUCAUUGACGAGUUGUCAACAGUAGCUACUUAACCUCUGGUCCUAACAAAGUGACAUCAGCCAUAUCUAACCUACUGACACACACACACACACACACACACACACACACCUACACACACCAGAAGAGGCUGACACACUGUGAGCCUAUUUAUUUUUCAUUGCAUGUCAAAGGUAAUUACAUUGACAGAUGGGCAUUCUCCACACUCCUAGCGAAAGACACAGCCAUAGACUUUAAGCUUUACCCUGUACGCCUCCAUUACACCACUGCCAGUUGUCACAGUUUGGUCAAACACUGCAACAAAUGUCCAUCUGAACAAGUCAUUUCAUCUGAUGUUAAAUUAUAGUAAUAGAGUCUUUGUUCAAAUGUGUGAAAUAUUUUCUGAAUUCUGGCCACACUGAACUAGGCUGAUCUUCUUGUUUCAAGAUAAUUUCACUUGUUUCUUGAUCCCUAAACAACAGCAUUUCAAUUUGUGAGCAGACUUGAUUUAAGCCUACUAUUGAGCAUUAAGUAGUUUUUAUCCAACCCUAUAAGCCAGUCAAGAAUGUUGAUAUUGGACAGUUCUUGCAGGUCUGUGACUUGACGCAAACUCUGGUCUCAGAGUAAAUUUGUUGUGAAGCCAGUCGCUCGUAAAUUUCACCAAUCUCCAUUUGUAAGCAGGAAAAAAUUUCAAUAACUGAUAAUAAUAAUUUCAAACUCAUAAAUGUCAGUAGCUGGCCAAUAAUUCUUUGGUGGUCUUUGGUAUUGAUCAACAGCACAUUCAACACAGCUCAUAAAUUAUGGUCAAUUUGUGUCAUCAGACAGUAGAAAUGUUGCAAAAUGCACCUUCAAAGUCGAUGAAAGUACCUGUAAAGAUAGAUUUUUAUGCACUCUAUGUGAUGUUUAAUUGCCCAAAUUGAUUCCAGGGUUUGUAUGACUGUUUAUGAUGAUGAUGAUUUGAUACCGAAAGCUACAAGGCAGCAUCCAUUGAGUGUUCCUGCAAAGGGCUGUAACCACAGGCAACAGGGUGAGGGUCAAUUCAGUUUACACUCAGGGUGUGGAGUUUUAGUUAGAACUUAGAUCAGCCAAGCUAAGCUAAAAAUUCAAAUCAUGUGUUACUCCAAUAUGAGAUAUCAGCCAUUUUAUCAAACCAAGUUCCUCAAUUAUUCUUAAAAAAUAACACUAAAUUGAAGCACAUUAUUUAUUAUUAAAGAAUUUCUGAAGAACCAAUCAGAUUUUGAGCGCAGUAUAUUUUUGUGGGGGGUUUUGAAAGAUAAUUUGAGGGCAAAAAAUGUCCGUAGUGGAUGUGCUGCAAAACAUUUUGGACUGUACCCUUCAUGUGUCCUAAAUCUGACUAUUGGACUGAUAUACUGAACUAUGAAUGCACUUCUGAAUCAGCCGCGUUUGCAAGUGAAUUCAACCCAACCCUGGUUGACGACAAGUUGGAUUAGGAGGGAAAGAGAAAAGAGCACAACAGCUAGUUUCAGUUACCCUUCCCUCCAUUUCUCUUUAAGCUAUAACUAUAUACUAUUUCACAAACUAGAAUAAUAAAUGUAUUAUUGAGUAUAUUAUCGGUCCAUUCACUUCAACAAAAGCACAUAAUGUCUGUAAUGGUAAUCUUUGGGUUGUCUUUUCAUUCUGAGUGAUUGAUCAUCUCUUGCUGGUGUUUCUAUGAUCGUAAUGGUUAUUGCAGGGUAUUUAUACAUUUUGAAAUCUUUUCUUUUUGUAAUUUUUUUAUAUUCCUUUCAAUGACUUUUAAAUUUUCUUUCUCUUGCUUAUGUACACUAAAGUCAGUGGUGUCACGUGGAAAGCAUGUGCACAAAAGUGAGAGCGUGAUAACGUGUAAAUUCAUCUUUGGAUCAUCUUCAUUUUCAUUAUUUCAUUACAUUUAUUUGUACAGGGAGGGUUGACUGAGCGUGCAUGCUCUUUUUCAGUAACACCCUGCUUCACCUUUACUCACACUUUCACACUGGCACCCGCCCAGUAAAACCAGUCCUCCGCUGGUUACUGAGCGGCUUCCCUGGAACAAUUGGGGGCUACGUGCCUUGCUCAAGCACACUGAUAGAUGCUGAAGAAAGCGAGAGUGUUUGUCAUUUUAUUUCCUCCAUCUUGGUUGUUCCAGCCAUUCUAAAGAUACUAAUGGGCCUUCUAGUCCACUUUUUUCAAAUAUCUCUCUAAAUUUGACUGUGCAUUACAUUUCCCGUAGAUAUUAUUGUUGUACUGUUUUUCUUUUAUAUUUUCUUUUUAUAAGUUUUUUUCUUUGAUUAGAUUUUUUGAAAACAUUUUUCUCUUUCCCUACUGUUAUUUUGUCUUUAAUUUUGUCUUAAUUAUUCUCUAUUUCUAUUCGUAAUUGCUCUAUAAUUUGUCCUUUUCCCUAGUUUUUAUUUCAACUUCAGCUUUUGUUGUUUGUUCUCUCUUUUGUAAUAUUUGUAUUACACUGUUAUUCAUCCAUCAUGAUUUUGUCUUCAUUUCCUUGCAGGCUAUUGUUUUCUUUUUAAUUUUCUAAACAUUACCAACGUAGCCUAAUAAUCAGUGUUUUUUAAUGUUCUGACUAGUGUGUAACUGUAGGCGAUAGAAUUUAUAUUAAUCUGUUUAUUUUCGUGGUGGUAUGUAUAGAUAUUCUUAAUGUUAUAUUGUUUCAGAGUUCCCACACCUGUCACUUUGGGCUACAAAGGUUUCACGCCUGCCUGUGACAUAUUGUCAGUAGCCUGAGUGCUGGAAGAGGAAGAGUGGGCUAAAUGUGGUCUUCUUUGGUGUUGUCAGUGGUUGUUACAUGGUAAACAAUAAGUAUAACAAAAUACAUCAGCCUCAUGCUUCUGAGAAAUAUGUGUUGUUAUAUUGUUACGAAAUCACCAACACUCAUCCUAAACUUGCAUUUUACCUUUUCUAAAGUGGUUGUGAGAACAUGGUCAUUCUAUUCCUUCGUUUUUAAUUCAUAUCCUGAUGUGAAAGCCUUUUUAAAGGCAGUGUGAGUCACCAGCUCCUUUUUCUCAACACUUAGGCUACUGACACAAGUCAAACCUGAAACUCUUCAAAUGGAAAACUGGUAUAUUUCCACUCAGCAGACCAAUACAUGUAAAGAAAAAUAAGGAAAAGGGGAAGCAAUACAAUAUACUGAUCCUCACUGGAAAAGACAAAAAAUAUAAGGUAUAUAUACAUAUAUAUAUAUAAAUAUAUAGAUAUAUUAAAUAAAGUUCUAUAUGAAAAUGUGGUUGUGUCAUGUGAAUUAUUGAGUGCAAAUAACAAUAAAAUUUACUAUGUUGAUGCA